AGCGCCUGGUUCGUGUUGCAGUGUCGGGACUCGCGGGAGGCUCUCUCUCUCUCUCUCUCUCUCUCUCUCUCUCUCUCUCUCUCUCUCUCUCUCUCUCUCUCUCCCUCUCUCUCUCUCUCUUUGCAUCUCUCUGCCACAGCCCGAGCAGCACCGGAGCGCUAACCUACGCACCGCAGCGCUGAGUAAAAACAGAAGAAGAAGAAGCGGAGACGGAUAACGGAGAGCGGACAGCAUCUGACGGGAGCUUCAUCACACAUCACGCACCACUUUAUCCACGUCGGACAGGCUCUCCGGUCCUUGAAAACGCUCUGCCCGGAGUGUGUCGGCGAUGGCCAGUCCCGCAGCAGAUCGAGCAGCCCCGGACACCCCGCGGGACGAGCCGGAGCCAGCGGAACCGAGCCAUCCCGAGCCCGCCUGUCAGGAGGCACAGAAAUGGAUCGAGGCUGUAACAGGGAGGAGCUUUGGAGACAAGGACUUCCGCAGCGGAUUGGAGAAUGGCAUCCUGUUGUGCGAGCUGCUGAGUGCCAUUAAACCAGGGCUGGUCAAGAAGAUCAACAGACUGCCCACUCCCAUUGCAGGACUGGACAACCUGACAGUGUUCCUGAGGGGAUGCGAGGAGUUGGGCCUGAGGGGCUCCCAGCUGUUCGACCCAGGGGAUUUGCAAGACACUUCAAUACGAGCUAACCUCAAGGACUCAGACUGCAACAGAAAGCUAAAAAACGUGCUGAACACAGUGUUCUGGCUGGGGAAGGCUGCGAGCGGCUGCACCUCCUACAGCGGGCCUACACUGAAUCUCAAGGAAUUUGAAGGGCUGCUUGCUCAAAUGAGGAUGGAGAGUGAGGAAGGAGGAGACAGCACGCAGCAGCAGAGUGUGAGAGACAGCGGCUAUGACUGCUGGGAUUCAGAAAGGAGCGAAUCUCUCUCUCCACCGAGACACACUCGCGACAACUCCCUGGACAGUCUGGACUCCUUUGGCUCCCGCUCCCAGCACAGUCCAUCUCCUGAUGUGGUGAACCGAAGCAACGUCGAUGGGCGAGGCAGCGACUCGGAGGCCGAUGGCCCUAAUAGGAAGCCAGAUGUGCGGAAGGACGACAUGUUGGCGAGGCGGACUGCCAGCACUGAAUCAAGGAGCUCCAUUCCCUUCAACCAGUUUCUUCCCAACCGAACCAAUGCCAGCUCCUACAUCCCCACUCCACGACGUAAACCGCGUGCAGAGGAUGGUGAGCAGCGGAGGAUGAGUCGACGAGUUGCUUUUUUGUCUGAGGACACUGAGAGUGUGAGUAUGGGUGACAUGCAUAACGAAGAGGAGGUGGGGCAUAUGCCGCCACUAAGCCAAUCACGCUUCGAGCGAAUGCACGAGCAUUACAACAACUGUCAAGACGAGGACCAGUGGCAAGACGAUUUGGCUCGCUGGAAGAGUCGCCGCCGCUGCGCAUCACACGAGCUCAUCAAGAAAGAGGAGGAGAGGAAGAGGAUGGAGAAAAGGCUGAAGGAGGAGGGAAGUGACACCAACAAGAGGAAGAGCAUCAAGACCUACAAGGAAAUUGUGGAGGAGAAGGAGCGUAGGGAGGCAGAGUUGUGUGAAGCGUACAGGAAGGCAGAGACUCCAGAGGAAGCAGCCAUGGUUUUACAGCGCUACGCUCUUCGCUUCACCAUCAGUGACGCAACCUUGGACAGCCUGAAACUGCCUAGAUCCACCCCCAAACCCAAAGUGGAGCAAACUCAGGUGCUCCAAGAGCACAAACCCACUCAAUCCACUGUUGACUCUGAGACCUCAGACCUUCUGCACAAACCAGAACCAACCAUCACAAUGGACCAGCAGCACAAACCUGAAGAGAUCGGUGGAAAUGCACAAGAGAGAUCAGCUUCCUUUUCCUCCAGCACCCCAGCACUUAACAAUCCCCCUGACACCACCAUCACACACUCACAACACACACCACCUCAAUACCAAGAACCCAAUGAACCUCAAACCCAACACAAAGAGUCUCCAACUACAAACCAACCACCGCUUUCAAAAGAUACACCCCCUCAAGCCAAAGAAGCACCGCCUCAAACUGCACAAACACCGCCUCACUCUGUGGAGCCUGUGCACACACAGCCCUGCACCACUGCACCCUCCAGACCCGUCCCGCUGCUCACAGCCAAGCCCUACUGUCAGCCCAGGAACACACACUCGGGACACAAAUCUGUCAAGCUGGAUGGGCUGGUGCGUGUUAACGGGGAGGUGACAGAGGAGACGCCCGUGUCCCCAUGUCCCUCUUCUCCUCUGCGCCUCCCAGAGGGCGACAUAGAUGCUCCCUCUGAGCUGCUAACGACAACAAGUCAGACAACAGCGGAGCAGUCACCACGCCCGCACACGGAGAAAGGGACCGCAUCGUCAGGCUCGGCCAUCAGCUCCCUGAUCGGAGGCCGAAACUGCAUCAUCACAACAACGAUUGUGACAGAGCUCACGCAGACUCACGUGGAGCCACUCCCCUUGGAGAUCCAUAGCAACGGACAGGUCAAUGGCACCUUGGGGUUGUUAAGGAGCCCAGCGGAGGAGACAGAGGCUGUGACAGUGACAUCGCCCAACAACAUCCUGGCGUAUUCUCCCACCGUCACAGAGGGCCUUGAGGAGAGCAAUGUGACUGAGCAAUACCAGAGAGAGCAAGAGAAGCUGAAGGAGGAGUGGGAAAGAGCACAGAUAGAAGUGGAAGAGGAGGAGAGAAGACAUAAUGAAGAGGAGAGACGGAUUCUGGAGGAGACUGCGACCCCCCUCAACCCUUCAGGCUUGUCCAAUCAGAAAGGGAUGAUGUCACCACCUGAGCAGAACCACAAGGCAGAAAAAGGAAAUGUUUCCACGCAGCAGAACGGCCAGAAAGUCUCCACGGGGAGCGAGGAUCAGCACGCCUCCAAGCUGCAUUUCUUUCAGGAUUCAUCAUGUGAUGGUGAGCCCUCAAAAAAACAGGAGCUGUGGAAGACGGCCUCUCUGGACCGCAACUCUCCGCUCACUCAGUCCAGCUCUGUUAAAAGGUCUGGAUCACACGACACUGUCAUAGGAUCAGAGCAGUCCUCUUCAUCAUCACCUCAGCCUUCCUCUCCAAGCAGAUGUGUUAGUGGGAAGAGACUGUGUUCUGGUUGUUCUCAACCACUUGGAAAAGGAGCUGCCAUGAUUAUUGACACACUGGGGCUGUUUUUCCACCUACAAUGUUUCAAGUGUGGAGUGUGUGAUGGGCAGCUGGGUGACACCACUGCAGGGACUGAUGUCAGGAUUCGUAACGGACUGCUGAGCUGUAAUGAGUGCUACAUCGCAUCGCGUGGUGGAGGGCAGCCCACCACGCUAUGAUAGGCUGUACUUGUACUGGAAGCCCCGUGGUCACCAUGGUGACCAGACGGAGCAUACUCUGGAAUCUUGAAUCACUCCGACAUUCUGGAAUUUCUCUGGAACUCUUCUGGAAUCAUUUUGAAGCUUUGGAAAGGCUUUGGGAUCUUCGGUUUUCCCGUCUGGAAAUGCACAGCCAGCCUGUGGGACGUUGCCGAAAGUGAAACGGGGCUUUGGGACACAACGUGUGGACAAACAUGACGUGCUUGCACAUGCAGUUUAAACAUACACCCGCACAUCUCUUUCAAAUACUUGUAGCAUGGACUUAAUCUGGAAUCCGUUCAGUGAGUUUAGGUCUUUGUUCGUCCGUACUGAAGCACAGUCACGAGACUGUGAAGGUCUGUUCUGCCACAAGCUGAACAUGUUACGCUAAAAGCUACACACUACCGUCUUUAACACAUUGGUUCCUAAAUCUGUGUGUUUACAGAGAUUCAUUAACCCCUGCUUGUGCACUGAUUAUGUGACACUACUCUCUGAGUGUAUAGUAAAGUGAUUUGAGUUGAAUAACCUUAUGUAGCUUGACCAUGAUAAUGCCUUAUUCACACCUUCCAAUUCUUUCUUUUUCUUUUUCUUUAUUUGGUUUUGUGUUUACGGUUUUGCAUGAAAGAGGAACAUACAUAAUGUGAGUUAUUGUUAAUGUGCUCAGAUGGCAUUGUGUGAGUUUGACUUUGGUUAUUAUUAUCUUUUCCUCAGUGGAACUAUAUGACUUUGGUAUUUCUUCUUGUCUUUUUAAAUUUAGGGAGCCCAGUCACUCUUAACUGUGUGUCCGGCGAACUUACACAAGCAUUUUCUUUAUAAUCAAUUUUACAAGAAUGGAAGUGCAUGUUAGUAAUGAUAGCUGUUCUUUGGGUUUUAAAUAUUUUCCCUUCAAGAUGUUUUAGCUAUUGUUUAUUCUCAUAGCUUCAUUGCAUCAGAAUCAGUGCCUUAUGUUUUGAAUGUGUGGUUAGUAAACGUGCGGGGGUAUUUCAUACUCUCUCGGACCUCUGGGUCUAGAAAUGUGUAUGUGUGUGUAUGGUGAUGCACGUACAGGUAUGAAUGCAGUGUGUGUGCUGAAUUGACUUUAAGCACAGUUCCAUACCAGCAAAAAAAAAAAAAACGUGUUAAUGGAUCAGCCUCUAUUACUCGCCUCUGAUUUUCUUCCACCCCUAACCCAUGAACUAAACCAAUGACAAACUUAUUUGCUGCUUCCCAAUCAAGUAUUCCCUAUUCUCUGUCAGUCAAGUUAUCUCCUGCAGUCUCUCCUCAUCUGCCUCCAUCUCAAGCGUUGCCUCCCCAGAGUGUGACCUUCUCUCUCCUCCUCCCUCUACUCGUGUCAUCGCCUCUGUCCGGAGCGGAGGUCAUCAGCGGUUUGACCCUCGACGUGUCUGUCGAGGGCUGACAGCCUCUAUGUCACUUAGAGGAACGGAGUGUGUUCAGUUCAUUGGCUUUUAUAGCAAGUGUAUGUUUAUCAAUAAAAUAUUUUAAACAGAAA